AGAGAGAGAGAGAGAGAGAGAGAGAGAGAGAGAGAGAGAGAGAGAGAGAGAGAGCGCUGUGUGCACGGCUCCAGCCCAGAGGGAAACCUCGAUCCCAGUCUCACAGCAGUGUGGUGGGAGGAUGAGGGGAGACCACAGAGACAUGAUGGGACCUCACAUCUCCUGCAUGCGACGCAGAACCUGAAACUCAAUGCUGCUGCUGCCUCUGCUGCUGGAUUUUCUAAUGCUUCGGAGAAACUCAAAAACUUUGAGGCGUCAAGGAUGUUCCUCUCAGAUGGGACUCUCUCAGCCGUCAGUAAUGCGCUCCUGUUGGGAAUAACGUGUCUGACCCUCCUGUGCGACAUCACCAAGGGCUCCUCAGACUUUUCAGGCUACCUGUCCAAAGUGUUGAGGAACUACACCGAGCAGGCUUGUGACGGAGACUUCCUGUCAGUUCGCUGCCCACCCCGCACCACCAUCACUGUCCAAUCAGCUUUCUACGGAAGGAGAGGAGCCUCUGACCCCCAACAGUGCCCUCAGACCUACCAGGCCCUCCUAAGUUCUUACAACACGCGGGAGGAUGAUCGAUAUUGUUCUGUGUCCACGGCACUACAGAAAAUGCUGGACGAGUGCCAAGACAGAAGGAGCUGUCAAGUCCUUGUCAACAGCCGCGUGUUUGGGACAGACCAGUGUCCUGGCAGCAGUAAAUACCUCAUUGUCUGGUACAAAUGCAGACCUAACGAGUAUAAGAGUAAGGUGGUUUGUGAGGAGGAGAGGAUGAGGCUGAGCUGCAAACGGGGUAUGCAGAUCGCCGUUUAUUCCGCCAUGUUUGGCCGAACUCAACAGGGCACCCUGGAGUGUCCCCUUCAUCACAGGAGGGCCCCAUCAGUAGACUGCCAGUCGUCUGUGGCUCUGCAGGUUCUCACCGCCCGCUGUCAGGGCAAGAAGAGCUGUCUCGUCCGAGCCUCCACUAGAGACUUUGGAGAUCCGUGUUACUCUGGCACCAGGAAGUACCUCAGUGUCAUCUACACCUGUGUCCCAAAGAAGUUGCUCCAGGAGCAGGGCCCCAGACCGCCGGUGUUCUCCCCACCACCCAGCGCCCAUGACCCCAACAUAGUGGGAGACGACCCUCCGGAGGGGAGCUCAGUCAAAAGCCCUGACGCUGUUCCAGAUAAGAAGAAGAUAAGGGAGACAAACCCCAACGAGGAGAAGUCCUCAGAAACCGAAAGAGGAGGACGAGGAGAGAGUCCGGUGCGGCCCAGAAACAUGAAUCCCAUCAUCAAUUCCACCUCUAGCGACAACAUGGCCCUCAUCAGCAACGCACUGGCAGCGUACACCUACAUAUCAGACCACCCAGAGAGGGCAGCCCUCUUCUUCGUCUGCGGCGUGUGUUUGGGCCUCUUCCUCACGCUCUUCGCCCUGGUGGUCCAGAUCUCCUGUCGCACCGACUGCCAGCCCCGCCAGCAGCCCCCCGCCAAGAAGCGAGCGCGCCCCGCCGACUCAUCCUCCGACUCCAGCGACUCGGACUCAGACUGGGACACCACCUCGGACCUGUCGGCUCGAAGGCACCGGCGGUUUGAGCGCACGCUCAACAUGAACGUGUUCACAUCGGCCGAAGAGCUAGAGAGGGCGCAGAGGCUCGAGGAGAGGGAGCGAAUCAUCCGGGAGAUAUGGAUGAAUGGGCAACCGGACAUCCCCGGGACGCGGAGCCUCAAUCGGUAUUACUGAGGACUCCUGAGAGGCUUUUUAUAGAAAGCUUACUUGACUUGAACACAUUUUAGGACGCACUUGGGUUGGAAGGGGCAGGAGAAAAGGCCCUGAUGAAGCUCUAUAAGCAAGCAUGCAACUGCGACUGUGGACGCACACUGAAGAGAACAGUAGAAGGUAUUCCAGCCUUGAAAGGAAAGCCUUCCCUCUCUGGUGGUUGGCAUAUUCCUCUGGGUAUCAUAAGCUAUACCCCAUUCAGUAAGAGAAUAAGCUCUCUGCGUGUUAAGCUCACCUCUUAAAUGCUUCUUUCUGCCGGAAGAGAGGGGUGAAAGGCCACACUGCCUUGCCCGUGACCUCAGCAGGCCUUUUUGAAGUGGGGAUUUAUGGGUUAGCUGCCUUAGACACACACUGGCCUGCAGAGACUAUGGGGUGACUGAAGGACCAAUGCCUCAGAUGGGUCUGUUUUAUACAGGACGCCGCGGGGCAGCUGCAAGAGACUGUGACACUUGGAGCUUUAUGCUCAGUACCCUCCAGUAUUCAAGUGUGGACUUUACAGAGGGGGAGCAUAAAGCAGAAAGCAGCGUACUGAAUGAUGGGACUAAGUAAGACAAUCUCUCCACGGUGAAUAACCAUGCUGCCUUUUGAACUUUGUCAAACCAAAAGAUGUUUUUUUUUUUUCGGGGGUAGGGGGAUUCAUCUCAACCCUUAUGAAAUAUAUUUUAUAAUAUUUAAUAGUUUAUUGAUGUUGUGUAAUUUUGUUCUCAAGUAUGGUUUAUUAUGAGCUAUUUUUAUACUUGGCGAAGGUUGUCUGGCACCUCAGGGAUGCAAUCCUAGUGUUUCUGUGUUUGGUUGAUGUAUUUGCUUCCUAAGAAGGGGAUCAGCCCAUUUAUACAGCGAUGUCAGCAUUUAAAGAAAAGAAUUAGAAAUAUCAUAUAAAAGAGCCUCAAAGAGGUUUCAGUGAUUUAACCUUAUUUUUGAUACAGUAUGUUUAAUUCAUAGUGCAGUGCCUUUUCUACCUAGUCAUUGUUUUCAAGAGUGCAGCUGGUGUACCGCUCAGUAACUGGUCAAAUGAUUUAUUAAUUGGAAAUGCCAGAUUUAUCUUAUUGUAUCUAGUAUGUGUUCCCUUUUACCAUUAUUAUUGCUUUGCUGAAGUGGAGCAUGUGUAAAACCUGAAUGUCUCUGUCAAAUGUUGCACUUGCUUUCUCAUCAGAUGUAAAUGUACGUAAUAAGAUUAUGCCAAUUUUGUACAAGUAAAUUUGUUAGAAACAGUUUUUCUGGUCCUAACUCAAAGAAAAUUGCGAAUUUCAGGUCUCGUGUCUGCCCCUGUGCCCUUCUUUCAGAGUUACCAGUGCUAGAAAGACGCUUCUGCUAAUUGCUGCUCAUAACCAUCUGAAGAAGGAACAAGCACUGCAAAAUAUGUUCACGGUGAACAUGAAAAUUGCUCCUCUUAAAUCACAUUGCCAGUUUAUUAAUAUAAGCUAUUGUCAAUCCAGCUCUGUUUGUGCUGCCCUGGAUUCAAGCAUAGAAAUAAUUAUAAUGUUUUCAUAAAAAAGCUUGGUAUUUUCCCGACUUGAGAGUUUAAUUGAGAUGUACACAGGACAUAUUAGGGUCAUCCACAUAAAGACUGCCACUCUAUAUAGUUUUUAUUAAGACCGUUCUUGUGUUUAAAUUUGGGAUUAAAAAUGUGCCAAUAGCUGGUAAAGUGAGACCAAAAUAUGACUCCUGUGCUUGGAAUAAACUGUUCAAAAAUAA